AUGGCAGAGAAGGAUGGUCCGAACAGCUUUCUCCCGGGAGAUACGAAGGGUAAAGGUUCCGAGGCGAUUGCAAGUGAUGAGCAAAACAACGGAAAUGAAGAAGGUCUGCGGAAACUUGCUGGUCACAAAGACACAGCUAAUCUAGAGUCAAAUCUGGAAAAGGAGCUGCAUGAAAUUGAAACCGAUUUCUCGACGCUUUCCAACAACUUUAAGAGAAGAAGACUCAGCAAGAACGAGAUGGAUUUUCUUGAGACGGAGCUGAACCUGGACAUCAACUCAAUUGCAGAUGCAGACUUUGACAUUCACCUACAGAAGCUGAUGGCCGACAACUUGACUCACACGGAUGAAGUAGAUAAGAAAUCGGGUGGAUUGGAGGCGGUUGUCGGAGACAAAGGAAAGCAGACCGUGGAAGAGCCAGAAACUGCGAGUAAUGAGACUGUUGGAACGCCGCAAACCGAAGCACACACUAGCAGUGAACAGAGUGGUGUCAAAAAGCACGAAGACGCAAAUGGCGCAAAUCCAGAUCUUGGAAAGCAUAGUAAAAGAAGCAAUGCUAUCACAUCUACUACCACUGAUACCUACAAAGGCGUUUCUAUCCCAGCCAACAGUGAGUUACUAAAGUCCAGUGAAACGCAAUCGGUCUUGCAGGCAUACCGGGAUUUGAUGCAGGAUCCUAGCAGAACCAGCAUGAAAGAGGUUAACCACGUGAAUGCGCAGCUUUCGGCAUUGCCACUGCUUCUAACUGCUCCGGACCAUUUGUCCUUCAAUGUGCAGAUGCUAAUAAACACCCUCCCGGUGCUAGACAACCUAGCUACUCAAAUUCUCAGAAUAAUAGCGAAAGGGCCAUACCAGAAGAUUAUGGAAUUGGUGUCCAAUAGAGAAUCUUACACGGGUAUAGCGUUUGGCAACCUGGUCGAGCUUUUUGAGACCACGAAGAGAAUAUACAAUUCUGAAGAGAGUCCGUUUUUCACGGUGGAGAACAUCACGUUCGGAUUGUGGAAAUAUGGCCAGCAAGCUCCACUGUUUCUCAAGGGCAGAGAAGAUACAAUUGAAGGAACGCUUAGAAAAGUCAACUUGUCCACUUUCCUACUUGCUACAUUAGGCUUGAUCGACCUUGGUUUCUUCUUUUUAAACGAAGCAUUUUUGGACGUCUUUUGCCCGCCGCAAAAUCUUGAGCCAUCAGAAUCUCUCAGCCUUCUGAGAGACAAGUCGUUGCUAGAUGUUCUGCAAAAAGAAAACAGAUCAGUGAAAGCGCAAAGAAAUCAAACGAAAUUUCUGAAAGCACAAGCUAUUUUGUACCUAGAAUUGAAAACGCAGGCAUACAUCUCAGCCAUUGAACUUGGAGAUAGGUCCAAGGAAGAUAUUAUCCACGAUUUGUUCCCAGAAAAUAUGGAUGAGAUUCUUUUGCGCAGAAAAGAUCCUUUCUAUGAAGCUGCCGGAAUAAAGCUAGAGAGGAACUCUGCUUUGUUCACACCAGCAGAGCUAGACUUUUUGAGCCGAUGCGACUUCAGAAAACAGACGCUCCUCAACUCAGAGGCAGAUAGCUCUCUCAUGGAAAAGUAUGAGUGGAUAAAAUUCCUAAAUGACCUACUCGAAUACGUUUCCAAAAACGUUGGAUUUUUAAUUUGGGGUCCAAAGGGAAAAUUAUCUUCUGAACUCAAUAGACUGAAUACCUUGAUUUCUGCAGAGGCAACCCUGGACAAGGCAAACCAGGCCUCGGCAGACUCUUAUGCAAGUCCGAGCGAAGAAGAAGGUAAUAGCGAAGAUGCUAAGAAACGGAAGAGCGAGGAUUCUCAUGAGCAAAGAGGGUCAGACAUUAAUAACGAUAGCUUGACAGACACUUCAUCCAAGAGUAAAGCCGCCAAACGGCCGAGAGCUAACAGACCUUCGACUUUCCGAAGGAUCUGGACUGCUGAGGAAGAGGAGACGUUGAAGAAAGGAUUGAUGCAAAAGGGAACGCAUUGGACAGCAAUUUUGGAAUUGUAUGGGCCUGGUGGUACAAUAAAUGAAAACUUAAAAAAUCGAAGCUCUUUACAAUUGAAAGAUAAGGCCAGAAAUUGGAAAAUUUAUUACACGAAAAAUAAACUUCCGAUUCCAAGCUAUCUACAAAAAGCCAUAGGCGAUAGCGACAAGUACAAAAAGCCUGCUGCCGGAGCAGACCCCUUGAAAAGGCCCGGAACCGGUUUUAGGCCGACUGAAUUUGUCUCCACGGAACCUAAUGAGUACAACGAGAUGUUCAGUGGACUGCUUCCUGACGCCAAAGGCGACGACAAGAUGGGUAACGGGACGCACGAAGAAGUUGUAACCUCCGAGCUUAAAGAUCUUGUUGCAGAAGCAUUCAAGUAG